AAUCGAUCGUUUUACCAUGGCACCGAAAAGUGGAUCCGGCCACGUAGUUCCGCCGGCUCUAAAAUGGAUCCAGUUAGCGCCACUGUACCGGCUAGAGAAAGCGUUACAGGAAAAACGGCGGCGUGGCCCGUCUCAGGUUUCUCUCUGCUAAUAGAAAAGAAGAUUCGUACGACUGCGAAUAUGUGCGACACAGAAAUCGAUCAGAAUUUACACGACAGCGAUCAGGAUGUUUCUGAACAUCACUCGAAACUUAUCGGAGCUGUGGAACAGCUCGAUAAAGGGCGAAGAGUAAAGAAGGCUGAAAGAAGCGAACCCAGUAUACAAGUGUCAGAAUACCAUUUAGUAAAAAGUGGAGUGACAGAUAAGGAUUCUGUGCGUAUACAAGACUUGGUGAAGUCACUGGGACGGAGAAAAGAUCAAAACAAUAUAAGUAAAAAGCUUCGAUACAUUCAGAAGAAGAGCAGAGUUCUUCCUAAACCAUUGGAGAAACCAGCUGCUGAAAGAAUAAAAAGGGCAGUUGGAUAUGAUAAUGUCAAAAAGGAUUUGACCAAAUGGAACGGCAUAAUUGCUAGAAACAGAACAGUGGAUCAACUGUCUUUUCCAUUAAAACGUACAGCAGAAGUGAAAGAUUUCAAUGCUUCAAAGACUCCUGCCUUUUUGAAAGGAUUCAAGACAAAAUCUGAUCUAAUGAAAAAAAUUGAGGAAGUGGAUCCAUCAUUACUAUAUCCUCCCGCCGAGGAAGAAAAGAAGGAUAAUAAAUAUAAAAUGACAAAAGAGGAAAUGAUUUUAAAGAGGAAGGAACUCGCUAGGCUCAGAGCACAGCAGUCGUAUCAAGAGGCGAAGACACAUCGCCAGCGUAAGAUAAAAAGCAAAAAGUUCCAUCGCAUUCAAAAGAAAGACAAGAUUAAGCAGCAGCUGAAAGAAUUCGAGAAACUGCAAAAUACUAAUCCAGAGGAGGCUUUGGCAAAGUUAGAACAGUUAGAUAAAACCCGCGCGGAAGAGAGAAUAUCGUUAAGACAUAAGAACACAGGCCAAUGGGCUAAGAAUCAACAGAUCAGAGCCAAAUACAACAAAGAAACUCGACAAGUACUUGCUAAUCAAUUGGCCAUUAGCAGAGAAAUGACACAAAAAUUAAAGAGAAUAGACGAUGAUGAUGAGGAUGAGGAAGAGGAAGAUGAAGAAGAUAUAUUAUUAAAAAAUGAUAAGGAGGACAAUUUGAAGACUGAAUCUGAAAUCGAUGACUUCAUCAAGAAUUAUCGAAGAUACUGGGAUGAGAAGCAACAGAAAAAAGAAGAAAAAAAGGAAGAGAAAAAAGAAGAGAAGAAUAUCGAAAUUUUGAAUGAAGUUAUAUCGAAAAAGAAAAAGGUGACAUUAUGUAACAAUAAAGUGCAUUGCAAAGCAAUAAAUGUGGAGAAAAAUAAUUUACAAGAAAAUACAAAUGAUAAGAACGAAAAGAAGAGCGAAAAUCUAUGCGACACUAUGGGUGCUACGUCUGCAUGGCAUGUUGAAGAAUGUAAUGAAAAUAGUAGCGAAACGAAAGGUAAACUGUGUAAUAAGAAAUACAGAUCGCAAAAUAUAGACGAAAUGUUUGACUCCAUGGAGGAAAAACUGAAGCAUAAAGUGGACUUGAAACUGCAAAAAUUAAAGAAUAAAUUUAAGAUAACGAGCAACAAAGAGGAAAAGCAUGAGGAAGAGGAGGAGAAGGACGAAGAUGAUUUGACGAAUCUCGAAUUUGAAAAUUCCAAACAAAAACCUAUCUUAGAUUGCCCAUUGGAGGAAACGACUUCUAGGGAAAACAUGCAGAUGGAUAAGGAUCUAAUGAGUUUAAAAACAAUAGCGAAUACAGAACAGGAACCGACUAGCAACAGCCAUGAAGUGGAAAUAGAUCCAAAGAAAUAUUUAAAUAUGAAACCAAAAUACUUAAAGACACAGAUGCCAGAUGUAGUUACGGGCGAGGAGGAGAACAACGAACAAGAAGAGGAAAUGCACAAAAUAAUGAGCGAGGCAUUUGCGGAUGAUGAUGUUGUCGAGGAAUUUAGAAAGGAACAGGAGGAGGAGAUAAAAAAGUCACAGCCACAGAAUAUUGAUCUGAGCUUGCCUGGAUGGGGGAGCUGGACAGGGCCGAACAUUAAGAAAAGUAAAGUGCGUCGUAAACAGAAACGAUUCAUAUUGAACGUACCUAAAGAAAUGCCGCGUAGACCCGAAAACCAGGGUAAAGUAAUUAUAUUUGAGGAUGAUGACAAAAAGUUAAGGCAACACCAAGUCAAGGAGCUACCAUAUCCAUUCACUAGGGUGAAGGAUUACGAGGCGAUCCUCAGGGCUCCCAUCAGCCGGACCUUCGUCCCAAUGAACGCUCAUUUGCGGAUAAUUCAGCCGGCGGUCAGCACCAAGCUUGGGCAGAUAAUCGAACCGAUGGAUGAAGAAACGUUGGUAAAGAAACCGAUAUUGAAAAAAACACUAAAACGAAGAAACGAUAGAAGAAAUAACGAUAGAAAAAAUAUCGCGAAGAAUGUUAAAAGAAGACGCAAACCAAAUGUAACUGCGCAAUAAGAUUGAUUAUACUAUUGAACAAUUUCGUAUUGUACAUAAAACUUGCAUUUUUCAAAUUAUUGAUUAAUAAACUAUUAGUUACUUAUAACGCGAUGUUUAACAUUCGUCGAUUGCAUGAUAAAUUGAUAGCAUGUGUUCAAUUUAUUAAAUAAAUUUUUAGCUGCCAUGUUCAAAUUAUGGCAAAAAUAA